ACGAACUAAUUGCAAAAAUAUAACCUCAACACGCUAAUGACGAUUGUUGUCAAAUUAAGAUUUUCCUGCUAGUUGAUACAUGUUUAGCGGUUUACAUUUAACUUUUUGGAUUCCCCUCCUUGUGUGUAAUUAACGUCAAGACGAAGUUUAGUGAUGUCAUUGUCUGGAAAUUUGGGGAGUCCUUCCAAAGAUACAAUCUCAAGCAGCGGAAGUCUCGUCGGAAGCGAAAACUUACCGCGGGACUUUAGUAGGUUGUCUCUGUUCUCGUCCGGUUCUGCGACUUCUCAGGAUGAGCAGUUCAGGAGUGAGGGGCACGCUGAACAUAGUCUCUCCUGCAUGCAAAAUUACUUACAAGCUGGGAAAUUGUGCGAUGUGACGCUUGUGGCCGGCAAUAAUGGGAAAAAGGUGCAAGCGCACAGACUCGUUCUUUCCGCCGCUAGUGAAUAUUUUGCUGCGAUGUUUACUGGCAAUUUACGCGAAUCGGGCGAAUCCGAAAUCACACUGGGUGAUGUUAACGGCGAUGUUUUGCAAGCUGUUGUGAAUUACUGUUAUACGGGGGCGAUUGAUAUAAGGGAAGACAAUGUAGAGACACUUCUAUCAACGGCAUGUCUCAUGCAAUUACACGAAGUUGUGGAAGCUUGUUCACGCUUUCUGGCCCACCAACUGCACCCCAGCAAUUGCCUGGGAAUUGCAGUUUUCGCCGAACAUCAGGCUUGCACUAGUUUGUUGCAAGAAGCCAAUGCUUACACAAGUCAGAAUUUUAUGCAAGUGAUACGAAACCAAGAAUUUCUUCAGUUAAGUGCGGAGCAAAUGAUUAAUUUGUUAUCAAAUGAUGAUUUAAAUGUCACGUCUGAGGAGCACAUUUUCCACGCUUUGAUGAGUUGGAUCAACCAUGAUCCAGUCACCCGGAAACAAAUGAUUGGCUUACUACUGGCUUUUGUUAAGUUGCCGCUACUUUCGCCCGAAUUUCUGACAGAUCAAGUGGAACCAGCUGUUGGUUCUGACCCCGUCUGUCAGACACUUAUCAUGGAGGCGUUCAAGUGGCACUUGUUACCAGACAGGCAUUUUCAAAUGGCUAGUGCUAGAACUAGACCACGUAAAGCCACACUUGGUAGGUUACUAGUCGUAGGCGGCAUGGAUAAAAACAAAGGCGCAACGACGAUAGAAAGCUACGAUCCGAGGAGUGAUCGGUGGGCGGUGGCACACCACAUGAGUGGGCGGAGACUACAAUUCGGAAUCGCACUAUUGGGCGAUAAGUUAUUAGUCGUGGGUGGCCGUGAUGGUCUCAAAACGCUAAACACAAUGGAAUGUUUGGAUAUGGAGACUGGGUCUUGGACCCAGUUAUCACCAAUGAACACUCAUCGACAUGGGUUGGGCGUGGCCGUUUUGGGCGGGACUUUAUACGCGGUGGGCGGGCACGAUGGGUGGAGUUAUCUCAAUAAUGUUGAACGGUGGGACCCUGUCACACGUUCUUGGAGUUAUGUGACCCCCAUGCAAAGUCAGCGUUGUUCGGCUGGGGUUGCCGUCUUAAAAGACAAACUUUAUGCAGUUGGGGGUCGUGAUGGGGCUUCGUGUUUGCGUACGGUGGAAUGUUACGACCCCCAUACGAACAAAUGGACGAUGUGUGCCCCCUUGGCCAGGCGGCGUGGGGGUGUGGGGGUAGCUGUGGCCAAUGGCUACUUGUAUGCUUUAGGGGGGCAAGAUGCCCCUGCUAAUAAUCCAGCCGCGAGUAGAUUUGAUUGUGUUGAGAGAUACGAUCCCAGCACUGAUAGUUGGAUUGUGAUUGCUUCACUGUCGAGUAAACGCGAUGCCGUGGCAGCUUGUUUAUUUGGUGACAGACUUGUAGCUGUUGGGGGAUAUGAUGGCAGUCACUAUUUGAGAACAGUGGAGCAGUAUGAUCCCUACACUAAUGAGUGGACUGCCCUUGCACCUUUAAUUACAGGUAGGGCAGGUGCUUGCGUAAUUGCCGUCUCAAAUGCUCACGUUCAAUCAGGUGACUAAAUAGUCCCGAUUAACUCUUUGAAUAUUUGCAUUUACUCGUAUAAACAUUCCUAAUUCGUAUUACGAAAUCUGCAAGAUAAAAUGUUCGUACUUUUUCUAUUUCACGUGUGGAUUAUUCAAUGUAGAGUAGAGUAGUGUCACUUUUUAUGCAAUAUUUUUACUUUUAUACAUAGAUAAGACUUCAGUAUUAUUGCAAUAAUUUUUUCGGAUUAAUGAAUGUCUCAUUUCUGGUGUUCCUUUGUCACACAAAGACUGAACCGAACUGAAUUUAUUUUUACUAUCCUUCCAGCAGUGUUCACAUUUUGGUGUAAAUAUCGUGUGAUUGAUAAAAUUCUGCAUCCUAGUGCCAAUAAUUCACUAGGAUGUGAGACUUUGUAAUCUCGUUGUUGUAUUCACCCAUUUUUGCAUUUUGUGAUGGUAGUUUUCUGCAAGGAAAAAUUGUGCUUUCCCAAUUUAAAGUUGUGUCCUGUGAUAAAAUUAAGACCUUGCAGAAAUAUCUUGUGAGAAAUUGUGAUAAUUAUAACAUUUUGCAAAUAAAUAAACUUUCUCAAUUUUUUUAUUCAA